AUGGCUUGGAUUGAGACACAGACCGGAUCCUGGCAGCGGCCGAUUGGCGAAAAUGAAGCGAUGAUCAAGAUGAUUGGUGAUGGGGGUCGACAGCUAGGAAAAGACGUAUGGUCUAUUUCGGUAACGGCUAGCCUUACAACUCAUGUUGAACUAAAUCAACUGUCCAAAGCACUUCGUGAUGGGUGGAAAACACUACGCUUUCGCCACCCUUCCAUUGCUAGCACAUCUAAUGACGAGACCCUCAAUUAUCUUACGCCUACUAUUCUCGACCUCGAGGAGUGGGUAGACGAGACCUUCGUCACUGUAGAAGAGAAUGUUACUCUAGACGAUAUUAUCGCCUCCCUUACUCCCAAACGCUUUCCUACACUCUAUUUUAUGAGGAAAGAUGUCGCUGUCCUUCUCCACCUGUCACAUUGGCGUACCGACGGAAUUGGCGCAUUUCACAUCCUAAAUGCAUACCUAGAGGCAUCCGCUGAGGCCUUACAAGAAGAACCACCCAAGUUACCAUGGGGUGAGGAAGUUAUCCGUCUAGUGCCCAGUGUCGAAGAAGCUUUAAGCUUACCACGGACGCCAUCUCUUGACAUUGAGCGCGCAGUGAAGAAGUACCUGGAUACCCUGGCGAAUAACAUAGGAGCACUGGGGACGCCGUAUAAAUCGGGAGUGGGCCUUGUCCCCAAGGCUACGAGGAGUGCGCUCCUCCCACUUUCGGCAGACGAGACAGCAAAUUUAGAAGCUAGAUGCCGCCAGCUCGGUAUCGAGCUACACGCUGCUCUCCAUGCCGCAGUAACAGCAACCGCAUACACUAUCUCAACUUCAACAACAAAUCACAAACACCACACCAGUACCAUGCGUCAGAGUCUUCGACCACACCUACCAGCACCAUAUGAUGGAGUAGCAGGAGCGGCAGGUCUUUACACCGCAGGGUACAUGGCCAAAGUGCCUGCGACGCAAUCAUGGCUAGAAAAUGCGAGACAGUAUCAUGCUGAGUACGUCAAGGGUGCUACAGCCGACCUUCUCUGUUCUCGCCGGCAGUACGCCCUGAUCAUGCGAAACAAUUUGAAAAAGGCGUCUAUACCUGACCCUCCCCCAAGUGGCUUAGACUUCUCGUACAUACCAAACGCUUUCGGUCUAGUAAAAAGCGUAUAUGGAGACGCGACUACGUCGUUCGUCGUACACGAUAUUGGGAUUGGAAUCGACGUGGUCUCUCGCCACCUGUAUGUUUUUGCAUGGGUCUUCAACGGUCGACUUACGCUUCGACUAGUAUACAAUGAGGCGUUUUACGAUGCAACCUUUGCCAAGGGUAUUCUAGUCCUAGUCAAGGAGCAUUUAGUCUCAAAUUUAGUUUCAGUUACUCCAUAG